CGCCGCCGCCCCGCCAGUUGUCGGAGGCCUUCAGGGAGGCGCAGCGCGGAGGUGAGCUGGUCGCGGAGGGGCCCCCAGUCCACUGCCGGGCGCCGUGGCAGCAGCAGCAGCAGCAGCAGAAGCCGCGGCCACACGUCACAGAUAACGGCUGGUCGACGCGACUCGGAGAAAAAGCAGUCAUGGAGAUCGGGGUGCGGCUGAUCGGCCUGCUCCAGCUGCUGUUGCGGCUGAUGUUGCGACCCCUGCAGUACCUGCGUUCCCUGAGGCCGGCCCCGCGCCUGCCGCCCAUACAGAGCCGCCUGCUGUUCCACAGCGCCUCACAGCUCGCAAAGCUCAUCCGCACACAGCAGGUGAGCAGCGAGGAGGUGGUGCGGGCGUACGUGGAGCGUAUCCGCGCGGUCAACCCUUUUCUGAACGCGUUGGUGGAGGAGCGCUUUGAGGCGGCUGUGGAGGAGGCGCGAGAGGCGGACCGCCUGGUAGCCCAGCGCGGUGCCGCAGGUGACCUGCACAAGCUGCCGCCGUUGCACGGAGUGCCCUUCACCGUCAAGGAGAGCUGCACACUCAAAGGAAUGAGCUGCUGUGUUGGUUCUGUCCCAAGAAAAGGUAUGAAGGCAGACAAAGAUGGACAGGUGGUUGCUCUAAUGAAAAAGGCUGGAGGUAUUCCAUUAGCAGUAACAGCCACACCAGAACUAUGCCUUAGUUGGGAAACAAAUAAUCUCAUCACAGGAAAAACAUGUAAUCCAUAUGAUCUUCUCAGAACCAGUGGUGGAUCUUCUGGGGGAGAGGCUGCUCUGCUAGGAGCUGGAGCAUCAAUUAUAGGUGUUGCUUCUGAUAUUGCUGGCUCUAUCCGCAUACCUGCUAUGUACAAUGGAAUUUUUGGCCACAAACCUACUCCAGGGUAUAUAUCAAUUGAAGGACAUUAUCCAAGUGCUACUAGUGAUGAGUUCAAGCACUACCUAACUGUGGGGCCACUUACACGUUAUUCUGAAGAUUUGAAACCAGUGUUAAAAGUAAUGGCUGGUGAGAAAGCAUCUGGUCUUAGACUAGAUGAGGAAGUUAACAUGAAGGAUUUAAGAGUCAUUUAUAUGGAAGAGGCAGGAUUCUCAUAUGUUAUAUUACAUUUAGACAAUGAGAUCAGAAAAGCAUUACAAAAAGCUGUUAAUUUUUUGCACAAGAAAUUUGACAUACCUAUUCAGAAGGGGAAUAUCGAAGAAAUGUCAGACUCUGUAGAAAUGAGUGCAGCUGUUUUCUUUGGAAUGCCAGGAAUACCAAAUUUAUUGCAAAAUGAAGACAAUCCAAAGGAGAGCCAUAAUCUAUUUGUGGAAAUACUGAAGUCAAUAUUUGGUAUUUCAAAGUACUCGCCAGCAGCACUGGCUUUCUAUUUGUUGAAGGAAAUGAAUGUGUUAAUACCACGUUACAAAUACAACGAUUACUGUGCUCAGAGAAAUGCUUUAAGGAAGAAAUUUGUGGAUAUUUUAGGAGACAGUGGGGUAUUUAUAUACCCAACCCACCCAACAGCAGCCAUAUAUCACAAUGAUUCAUACAUAAAGACUGCUGGUGUUUUGUAUACAAUGGUAUUUAAUGUCCUUGGUAUGCCAGCAACACAUGUACCACUUGGACUUAACAGUGAGGGACUCCCAAUUGGCAUACAGGUGGUCGCAGCUCCACACCAAGACAGGCUGUGUAUUGCUGUAGCACAAGAAUUGUCAAAGGAAUUUGGUGGCUGGGUACCACCACCUGAAAGCAGUUGUUAACAUAGUAUUUCUGCACAUCACAAUGUAAUUAUAUUGUAAAUAAUUAUAUAUAAUCUGUGUGUGUGUGUGUGUGUGUGUGUGUGUGUGUGUGUGUGUGUGUGCGCGCGCGCGUGCGUGCGUGCGUGUUUGUGUGUGUGUUUGUUUUGCUGCACAUGUGCAUGUGUUUUUGUGCAAAUAAAACAAUAAAAUGUGUAAAACACCAAAAUUAAAAAUUGUGUACCAUGUUUGCGUCAAUAAGUGUACUGUGGUUGUGUCAAUAAAAUAUGUUUAUUUAAA